UUGCCCGCUUAUGUAGGAGUGCGAUUAGAUGAGUAGACGCGGCGACGACAGCCAGUCGGUGUUCUUGCUUUUUACGUCUAAGCCAUCUGGCAGAGGUGACCCAAACAAUAAGCCAACUAACGCAAUAUGGUCACCAACCAUUGUGAAGUCCCUCGAGGUAUUGUAACAUCGUGGAGGGAAAUUUUGAUUUCGUGGUCAAAGGAUGAGCAGAAAGGAAGAUUGCUGCCGCGGGGAAGAGAGGAGCUUGAAAGGGCUUAGCACUCAGUCUGACGAGCGUCAGUUUGCGCUAGACGUGGAUGCCGGCUAUGGUUCGGGUUCUUCCAUGUCUUGUGCUGGCUCUCAAGAUCCACUGGACUUAGACAUGAGAGCGAUGAGAGAAGCUGCUCUAGGAAGUCACAAGGGAGAGAGAUCAAACAAACCUAAUGACUCCCCGGAUAGCAAUUACGGCAGUAGUCUGUCAUCUGAUCAGACGGUGAGAAUGUGCAUGUCGCCGAUGCCUUUGGAGACCGUGGAAGAUGCAGAGUUCAAGUGGAAGGAAUGUGAUGCAGCUGAAAAUGGCUUGAAUGAGAAGAAUUCGAUCGACGACAGCCAAGAAGACAGAAUCGUUCAGACAUCGGAUAAUUCCAUUGUGAGUUCGAGCUCAUGCAAGAGCUUGUGGCCAAGAAACCAAGAAUUUAGAUGUUCCGGCCUUCUCUCUUCUAACAGUAUGAAAACAUUUGUGCUCUCUAAGAGUCUGGACCGAGGCUUGAACUUGCCGACUAUCGAAAGAGGCAUAGUGCCGCUGCCUCCAUCUCGCCCAAAGUCGGUAUCUUUAGAAUGCGAUGAAAACGAAGGAACACCGGUUGAUGGUGAUUUGGACAAUGAACCAGAAAGUAGACAAAGCUCACCUUCAGUUUUGGAAUACUAUUCUGAUGAUGAUAGUCAUUCGAAGUCUUCCGAUGAUUGCUUUGAGCCGGCAUGUUUCCUCACUUCUGGUUCUCGGCGUGACAGUUUCGAUGGCAUUCAGAAAGAGUCUAGUUGGCAAUCGAACGAGUUGCUUGAAACGAAGGCGGCCACUUUGCCGCGCAUGGAAGGUCUCUCUUCGCUUCAUUUGUUCUCUCCUCAUUCUGUCGUAUCUCGUCCCAUCAGCCAUGAGCAGAGAACACGAUCGUACAAUCGUCUGUCCAAUCUCAGUAAGUUGGACGGAAGCGUCUCUCGAACAAAGUCGAUGGAUGCUCUCGAGGAGGUCUCUUGUAAGCAAGCUGGUAAUCUAAAUUCUUUAUACAAACAGUUGGGCAAUCACAAGCCGCUCCCUCGGAGACCAAGUCUAGCCUCUGCUCAAAUGCAAAUGCUACUCGUACCUCAGUCGUCGGUUAAAACUAGCCCAAGCUUGAAGCGGAGUCAGUCUCCGAUUCCUAAACUACCGAGAUUCAGGAUACCGUUCAGGAAGGGCGGACGACAACAGUCGCAACCGGAUUCUCCAACUCCGACAGUUAUACCGAAUCCUUUCUUAAAUUCUACCGACAAUUCUCACAGCAACUGCAGACACGAGGCUUCACCCAUUUUUCAUCGGGAAGUCUCCCCGAGUCCGAGCGUGUUGUCACAUGAUAUACAGAUCCAAGCACGUAAGAGGGCGAGUGUGGAUUGUGGUAGUGUAUUCAAUAUGUCGGCACCUGUCGUUCAGGUCACGGGACCAGGCCAGCUUCCUGUAUUGCGUAGUACGCUUAACAGUGUACCACCGCCAUACAUUCGAGUUGCGGAGGUCGAGACAAACGAUGAAAAGAUAAGAAGGAGAGCCUCUGAGCCUGUAGCCAGAAAUCGUGGCAUGUCACGUCUAUCAGACUUACCAAGAGCGAGUCCAGAAGUAGUGGCCAGUCACGAAGACUUCAACUUGUGCUUAGACGACUGUCACGAAAGUCUCCGACAGAGACAGCAUCAUCUUUGCCAGUUUGCGACAAAAGGAUGGCUCAACAUUGUAGAAACCGGUCUCGCUGUCAGUCUACAGUUAGCGAAGACGCAAAAGUCGGAGCAAGAGUUGAGGCAGUGUGUAUGGGAAGUAUGCCGAACCGAGUGUGAAUAUUUCUGUCACUUGAUGAAUGCGAGAGACGUCUAUAUGGAUACAAUGCAGAAGCUGAAAGCGAAAGGUCACUUGCCAACGAUUAAUAUGGACCAACUGUUUGCCAAUUUGACCGAAAUCUGUUCAAUCAGUGAAAAGUGGGCCGAGAGCCUCCUUUCACUGUUUAAGGGUAAGUCAGUCGAGACGGCCGGAGACAUCCUCGGUCUUUUACGGAUAUUCUCAGAGUUUGAUGAUGUUGUCACUGGCCCAUAUUGCCAGUACAGUCACAGCUACACGAAACUCACGCAUUUAGACUUACUCAGCGAAUGGAAAGCUGAUUCGAAUUUUAUUAAAUAUCUUGCAUGGUGUCAGCAGAGGUCGGACCGUAUCUCGCUGGAUCAAGUUCUUAUUGCCCCCGUGAGGCGAUUUUCUGAUUAUGUUAUUCUUCUCAAGGAAGUAUUGAAACAUUGUCCUCCAAAGUAUAAGCCCGAACUGAAGGAAAAAAUUGCUACUGUGGAACGUUCAGUUGCUAACUUGAACAAAGAGGUGGAGAACAAGGAAGUGUACAACAUUGUGGCAGAACUUCAACAUUCGCUUCGAUGGCCGUCGCUGACCGAGUUUGAACGUCCGGGAUUCUUUGUGCCUCCCGAGUUAGACGACUUUCUAGAGGAGAACCGGAGUCUUAAUUUUCUUGAUAAUGGUGAUCGCAAGAUUCUGUACAACACUCCUGUUUCACUUCGUGAUGCGAGUAGUCGAAUGGACAUGUUCUUGUUUCUGUUUGAUGAUCUUUUGCUUAUAACAAAAUUCAACAGCAAAGAAAGACCUAGUUGUAGCAGGCAAAUGUUCAAGCGACUGUCGUAUGGUACAUACACGGUUUACAAACAGCCUCUGCCACUUGACCGAGUGCAAUUGUGUAGUAUACCAAGUGGCUCAGGGCUGGAGAAUGCAUUAACUAUUGUACAUUAUUCCCGAUAUAUGCAAAUUAUUGGAGUCUACACUUUUCAAACAACAUCGCCCGCAGAAAAAGCGACUUGGAUUAAAAACAUUGAAAAGGCUCAAGCCAACUUGAAAGAUGCAACUAAACUAAUAGCGUCCAGUCGUUAAAUGUGACAUUAGUUUCUUACUCUCAUAUCUGGUGUUGAAAUAUGUACGAUUACUUAUAUAGACAGUGAAAUUGCUCGAAAGUGAUACAGGAA